AUGGCUGAGGACCUGCGCCUCGACUCUGUGAUAGGCAUCGGCGGGGGGGUCCCAAACGGGCUGCUUUUGCACCCCGAUGGGUCGACACUCAUCUAUCCCCUAGGCUCAACGGUCAUCAUCCGGCCCAAGGGGGAUGCCCGACGCCAAGAGUUCCUUCAGGGCCACACCGACAAGGUGGCGUGCAUCGCGGUGUCAAAGAGCGGGCGGUACCUGGCCAGCGGGCAGGUCACGCACAUGGGCUUCAAUGCUGACAUCAUCAUCUGGGACUUUGAGACGCGCCAGAUGGUCCACCGAAUGGCGCUGCACAAGGUGAAGGUGCAGGCGCUGUGCUUCAGCCAUGACGACCGCUACCUUGCGUCCCUCGGUGGCGAAGACGACGGCAACCUGGUGGUGUGGAACGUGGAGCUGGGGCAGGCCAUCUGCGGCAGCCCGACCGCAAACGAUUUCGUGCUUACGGUCCAGUUCUUCCACAACGACAGCACGCGCCUAGUUACGGGCGGCAACUACAACCUGAACGUGUGGGAGUUUGACGAGGCCAACCGGAAAGUGCGCCCCGCCGAGUGCCACCUGGGGCUGCAGAAGCGCGUGUGCCAGAGCAUGGUGGUCGACGAGCGGGACGAGUUCGUCUAUGUAGGCACCAAGACGGGGGACGUGCUGCAGGUGAGCCUGGGCCCGAAGCUGUUCAAGCAGUCUGGGCCCAAGCCGUUCAUCGGCCAGGGGGUCAGCUGUCUGAUCCAGCUGCCGGGAGGAGACACGCUGGUGGCGGGGGGCGGAGACGGCAGCAUUACACUGCUCAGGGCCGCCACGCUUAAAGCAGCCUGCAGCCUCCAACUCAACGGCGGUGCUGUCACGUCAGUGGUCCUCUCGGAAGGCCCCGCCCGAGACGGCUCGUUCCUCUUGUACGCCGGUACUGCGAGGUGCAACGUCUACUUAGUCAGGUUCGACGCUCGCGACAAUAAGCUGACGUCGACGCAGGUGCAGUCGUGCCACCACGAGAAGAUCACGGACGUCUGCUUCCCCGCAAACUACGGCGACGUCUUCGCCACGUGCAGCCUCAACGAGAUCCGCAUCUGGCACGCCGCGGAGUGCCGAGAACUGCUCAGGAUCCAGGUCUCUGCAAAGAUGCCUGACGUGGAGUGCCUGUGCAUCGCGUUUAUGGAGGACGGCAAAAGCGUGAUCAGCGGAUGGAGCGAUGGCAAGAUCCGCGCCUUCGGCCCGCAGAGCGGCAAGCUGCUCUACACCAUUACGGAUGCCCACGUGGCAGGCGUCACCGCCAUUGUGGGCACCUCCGACUCCACCAAGAUCGUCAGCGGCGGCAAGGAGGGCCAGGUGCGGGUGUGGCGCAUCGGGCAGGAGAGCCAGACGCUGAUCAGCAGCAUGAAGGAGCAUAAGGGCCCCGUGAACGCCAUCCAGGUGCGGCGGAACGACUCCGAGGCCGUAUCCGCCUCCUCCGACGGCUCCUGCAUCAUCUGGGACCUCGCGCGCUUUGUCCGCAACAACAGCCUGUUCGCGUCCACGUUCUUCAAGGCGAUCCUGUACCACCCCGACGAGAGCCAGCUGCUCACCACCGGCACCGACAGGAAGAUCACGUACUGGGACGCCUACGACGGGCAGGUGAUCCGCAACAUAGAGGGCAGCAAGAGCGCAGAGAUCAACGCGCUCGCAAUCAGUGCGGACGGGGAGGCCGUUGCGAGCGGCGGCGCGGACAAGGAGGUCAAGCUGUGGGGCUACGACGAGGGCCACUGCUUCGCGGUCGGGAGGGGCCACUCCGGGGCGGUGCUCAAGGUGAAGAUCAGCCCGGAUCUGCGGAAGGUCGUGUCCGUUGGAGAGGAAGGGGCCAUCCUGAUCUGGGACUACAUAAGUCCGCGGUCACUUUCGGCACCCAGAGACUAG